AUGCAGCCGGCUCACAUACCAGCACAGGGCCCGCGUUACCUGACUACACCCCAGCCCUGGACCACUACUGUAGAACCACCUCUGUGCUCACUCAUGCACGUCCAACACAAACUGAAAUACUUGGGCCGAGACUUGAAAGCUUGGGUCUUGAGGACGGGGGUGGUUUUUAGAAAAGGCUUUCAAAAGAUUCCGUUACACCUGUUUUUUGAGUUCCCAUUUUUUCGACAAAGAGAACCACGGAGCGUCGCUAGCUUAGCCGCUCCCGGCCUGGGGGGGGGGGGGGGGUUGGGGGUGGGGGGGGGGGGGGGGGGGGAGGGGGGGGGGGGGCCCGGGGGGGGGGGGGGGUGUGUGGGGUGGGGUGGUGCCGGGUGUAGAUCCCUCAAAUGUCUCUCCGAGGAGCCAUCUACCCGAGCAGCUUUCCUCAUCGCUUUCACCUCAGAUUUCUUGCCUCGUCUUCUUUAUCAGUUCAAGUUUGGCGUCGAUCUUCGAGGAUAUGUGAACUUUUCUUUGGCUUAUGCUCCACUGAACUACACUGAGUAUCCUCUGUGCAGAUAUAAAGCCUUUAGAGAUAAUAAUGGCAGCUACACGUUGUUCUUCUGGGAGCUGCUGGCGGUCAGACUGGGAUUUAUCAUUGCUUUUGAGCAUGUGGUCUUCUUCGUGCUGCGGGCCAUCGACUGGAUUGUCCCGGACGUCCCCGAGUCUUUGGAGUUGAAGAUGAAGCGGGAGAGGUACCUUUCCAAACAGGCGCUGGCUGAGAACCAGGAGGCUCUGCUGGUGAGUGGAGCCCGGCCGAGGGGCACCAGGACUGGGUUCGAUGGCUCCAGCACAGUCCGGCUCCGAGUCCGGCUCCGAGUCCGGCUCCGAGUCCGGCUCCGAGUCCGGCUCCGAGUCCGGCUCUCGAGUCCGGCUCUCGAGUCCGGCUCUCGAGUUCGGCUCUCGAGUCCGGCUACCGAGUCCGGCUCCCGAGUCCGGCUCCCGAGUCCGGCUCUCGAGUCCGGCUCCGAGUCCGGCUCCGAGUCCGGCUCCGAGUCCGGCUCUCGAGUCCGGCUCUCAAGUCCGGCUCUCGAGUCCGGCUCUCGAGUCCGGCUACCGAGUCCUGCUCCCGAGUCCAAUUCCCAAGUCCCGCCCCCGAGUCCUGCUCCCAGGUCCUGCUCCCGAGUCCCGCCCCCGAGUCCGGCUCCCGAGUCCUGCUCCCGAGUCCAAUUCCCAAGUCCCGCCCCCGAGUCCGGCUCCCGAGUCCGGCUCCCGAGUCCCGCCCCCGAGUCCUGCUCCCAGGUCCUGCUCCCGAGUCCCGCCCCCGAGUCCUGCUCCCGAGUCCUGCUCCCGAGUCCAAUUCCCAAGUCCCGCCCCCGAGUCCGGCUCCCGAGUCCGGCUCCCGAGUCCCGCCCCCGAGUCCGGCUCCCGAGUCCUGCUCCCGAGUCCUGCUCCCGAGUCCCGCCCCCGAGUCCGGCUCCCGAGUCCGGCUCCCGAGUCCGGCUCUCGAGUCCGGCCCUCGAGUCCGGCUCCGAGUCCGGCUCCGAGUCCGGCUCCGAGUCCGGCUCUCGAGUCCGGCUCUCAAGUCCGGCUCUCGAGUCCGGCUCUCGAGUCCGGCCCUCGAGUCCGGCUCCGAGUCCGGCUCUCGAGUCCGGCUCUCAAGUCCGGCUCUCGAGUCCGGCUCUCGAGUCCGGCUCUCGAGUCCGGCUACCGAGUCCUUCUCCCGAGUCCUGCCCCCGAGUCCUGCUCCCAGGUCCUGCUCCCGAGUCCCGCCCCCGAGUCCGGCUCCCGAGUCCGGCUCCCGAGUCCGGCUCUCGAGUCCGGCUCUCGAGUCCGGCUGCGAGUCCGGCUCCGAGUCCGGCUCUCGAGUCCGGCUCUCAAGUCCGGCUCCCGAGUCCGGCUCCGAGUCCGGCUCUCGAGUCCGGCUCUCAAGUCCGGCUCUCGAGUCCUGCUCCGAGUCCUGUUCCCGAGUCCAAUUCCCAAGUCCCGCCCCCGAGUCCUGCUCCCGAGUCCCGCCCCCGAGUCCGGCUCCCGAGUCCUGCUCCCGAGUCCAAUUCCCAAGUCCCGCCCCCGAGUCCGGCUGCCGAGUCCGGCUCCCGAGUCCGGCUCCUGAGUCCCGCCCCCGAGUCCUGCUCCCAGGUCCUGCUCCCGAGUCUCGCCCCCGAGUCCGGCUCCCGAGUCCUGCUCCCGAGUCCUGCUCCCGAGUCCAAUUCCCAAGUCCCGCCCCCGAGUCCGGCUGCCGAGUCCGGCUCCCGAGUUCGGCUCCUGAGUCCCGCCCCCGAGUCCUGCUCCCAGGUCCUGCUCCCGAGUCUCGCCCCCGAGUCCGGCUCCCGAGUCCUGCUCCCGAGUCCUGCUUCCGAGUCCAAUUCCCAAGUCCCGCCCCCGAGUUCGGCUGCCGAGUCCGGCUCUCGAGUCCGGCUCCCGAGUCCCGCCCCCGAGUCCGGCUCCCGAGUCCGGCUCCCGAGUCCGGCUCCCGAGUCCCGCCCCCGAGUCCGGCUCCCGAGUCCAGCUCCCGAGGAUAAACAACUCGCACCAUGCGGGUGGGGGGAGGCGGGUGAGGGUGGGGAGAGGCGGGUGAGGGUGGGGGGGGGGGGGGGUGAGGGUGGGGAGAGGCAGGUGAGGGCAGGGGGAGGCGGGUGA